UAAGAUUGGGAAACACUUUUCAAAGUUUCACUGCAAAAGGAAACUUUCAAAUGGUGAAAUUGUACCUCGUCCAUGGGUGAUAUACUCAGUGUCAGCCGACAAGAUCUUUUGUUAUUACUGUAAGAUUUUUUGCAAUAAUGUGACAAGUUCAUUAGCAUCUAAUGGUUUUAAUGACUGGUCUAAUAUUCAUACAAGAUUGGCCGAGCACGAAAACUCAAAAGGACAUUUACAAGCUAUGCUUAGUUGCUGCGACCUUCAGCAAAGGUUAUCUACUGAAAAAAACAUUGACUCAAUACAACAAAAACGUAUUGACCAAGAAGCAAAACGCUGGUAUCAAGUUUUUGAGAGACUAGUCGCUGUUGUUCAGUUGCUAGCAGAACGAAACUUAUCAUUUCAUGGGUCGGAUGAACGGCUGGGAACAUCAUACAAUGGAAAUUUUCUUGGAGUUAUUGAAUUACUGGGAAAGUUUGACCCAGUGAUGCAGGAACAUUUAUGAAGAAUCAAGAACAAAGAAAUACAUGACCAUUAUUUAGGAAAAAACAUUCAAAAUGAAGUUAUUAGUAUUAUAGGGAAUGCUGUUAAACAUGAAAUAAUAGCUCGAAUUAAGGCUGCUAAGUAUUUUACUAUUAUACUCGACUGCACUUCUGACAUUAGUCACCAAGAACAAAUGUCAUUGACAAUUAGGUAUGUGGCUGAUGGUGUAUCACCAAAUAUUCCAGCAGGAGUAUAUGAACAUUUCAUUAAGUUCAUAGUAGUAGAAAGCAGCACAGGUGAAUAUUUGUACAAUACCCUUUUAAGAGAACUCGAAGACCUGGGAUUGGACGUUGCAAAUAUCCGUGGGCAGGGCUAUGACAACGGUGCAAAUAUGAAGGGAAACAUAUCAGGUGUACAAGCACGACUUUUGAAAACAAACCCAAGAGCUUUUUUUACACCAUGUGCAUGUCACAACUAUAAUCUCAUUUUGGGAGACAUGGCCAAAACAUGUCCAGAUGCGAUGAGUUUCUUUGGAGCCUUGCAGCAUAUUUACGUCCUUUUUUCUGCAUCUACUAAAAGAUGGACUAUUUUUAGAAAACAUGUUACUGGCCUUUCUGUAAAGCCACUUUGUGAAACACGAUGGGAAUGUAGAAUGCAAAGCGUCAAAGCUCUGCGGUACCAAGCAGGGGAGUUUUAUGAUGCACUUGUAGAGGUAGCAGAAACAACCGAUGAUGCUCAAGCAAAAAAUGAAGCUGAAUGGCUGGCUAUUCAAAUAAAGGAUUAUAAGUUUUUGGUUUCACUAGUUUUCUGGCAUGAUUUACUUUUUCAAGUGAAUUUUGUGAGCAAAGAGCUACAGAGUGAUACAAUGGAUAUUUCUGUAGGAAUUUCUUCAUUCGAAAAGCUUUGUAACUGGUUAAAAACGUACAGAGAGAAGGGUUUUCAAGAAGUGUUAACUGGUGCCAAUGAACUUGCCAAAGAUCUAGAUGUGACUCCAGUAUUCCAGACUAAACGCUUGCGCAAACGAAAAAAACAAUUUGAGUACGAGUCUGCAGAUGAGCCUUUUUCUGAUCCAAAAGAAGCUUACAGAGUGCAAUGCUUCAAUCAAGUGUUAGACAAAGCUUUACAGUCACUUGAACCAAGGUUUGAACAGUUACAAAAGCAUGUGAGUUUAUUUGGAUUUUUAUGCAAAUUUAAAAAUCUUCCCAAGGACACCAUACAAAAAUCUGCUGCAGAUCUGGAACUUGCAUUGACAGAUGUGAAACUAGUGCGGGAAAACGAACAAGUUUCAACUGUAAAAUCAGUUGACAUAAAUGGCUACAUGCUUUCUGAAGAACUGGAAGCGUUAAAGCCAAUUCUUCCAUCUGAUUGUAGAAACCCCCUAAAAAUUCUUCAAUUUCUUGCAUAUAAUAACCGAUCAACAGCAUUCCCAAAUUUAUUUAUAGCAAUUUGAAUCUUCCUGACUAUUCCGGUAACUGUAGCCUCAGGAGAGAGGAGCUUCUCGAAGCUAAAUCUAAUUAAAACAUAUCUGCGAUCAACAAUGCAGGAAGACCGAUUAAACAAUUUGGCAAUCAUGUCAAUUGAAUGCGAAGUAAUGAAGAGCUUAGAGUUAGGCAAUAUACUGAAAGAUUUUGUCAAACAAAAAGCAAGGAAGAUAAAGUUUUAAAAACAUAUAGGUGAGAUGUACAAUAAAGUUCCUCUUAAUGAACUUGA